AUGCUUGCGAGACUCGAUAAUUGCCCAGCAGCCGGUGGUGGUGGUGGUCCUGUGUUAUGUGACGGCCGAUAUAGGUCUCCUGGCACGGGACCGGCGCGACUUCCGACCACGGGGAUUAUUGCGGCUCUGCAGCCUAGGUUUGGCCGUCUGCUCGUUCACAAAGCGUUGGAAAGCGUCAAAGAGACCUUGGCCGGUGGCUACUGCCCAUCGGGCACCCAGUCGCAUUUGCUCAUUGCGGCAAACACGACCUACCAAAUGAUAAUCACAAUGAACGACGUGGCCAUACAGCCAGCGUGCGCCGUCCAGGCUGCUUCGCAAAAGCUCAUAAGCCUCCGAAACCUCAACCUCCCCCAAAGCCGUCAGGAGAACCACCGAUACCCGGAGUAUCGUAAACUCCUGGGGCGAUUCAGCAUGACCUUGCUCACCACGGCCGAGACGAAGGAGGUAUAA